AUGACCGAGUCGCAAACCACCCCGACCCCGGAUCAGGCCUCCAUCGAUGAUCUUACCCCCGAGGAGGCCAACCGCAUCAUCCACUCUCACCGCAAGGUCAGAUAUGGCACCGCUUGCUGGCCAUGUCGCCAACGCAAGGUAAAGUGCGACAACAAACAACCAUGCGAAAACUGCGUCAAGCGAGAACACCCACAACUAUGCUCCUACAAGCCCAAUCGCACAGCCUCUCACGGUACAAACCACAAGGCCACCGGCUCCGUCACAACAGAGGGCGGCAAUAGCAAUGCCGGCGGUAAUGGUGCCAGCACCACAGCCGCACCGACUACAGCAGGUAACGGCACGGCUUCAUCAGUGCUCAAUCGAAAAAGACCGCAUUCGCCCGAAGAUCCUGCCGCGGACGCCGCCGCGGGUCAACCUCCCUUAAAGCAGGAACCCGGCAGCGCGACCUGGCCACGCGCGGCCAUCGGUAAGUCAUCAUUGUCGUCUUCACUGCCGCAUAACCAGCACAUCCAUCCUGGUUCGAGACCUUUUGCUUCUGCAGCAUCGUCGUCGUCGUUUAUGGGAAACAACAACGGGUUGUAUACUGAUAAGCUCCCCCGGGGACCAGUAGCUGCAGGCGUGGUGGACGAAACCGAGGCCCCCGAAGCCGUCACGCGGUAUCUCGGCCAAAAUAGUAUCCCCUCCCUGUUGAGGGAGCAGUCCGGCGCCAACGACCUGCAAGAGGGCGUCGAUAUACGGCAGGAUAUGAGGUCCAUUCUCGGACUCGAUACCUCUGCGCCCUUUCCCCUCAUGUCAUCAAAACAUCUCGAUAGUCUGACGAGGGAGAUUUCGGCGGAGCUGCCCUCGGAUCGGGAAGUCAUGAAGCUGUUCCGCACAUACAAAGAAACUCCCCAACAAUUCUGGGGCUUCGUCGUCGAUAUUGAUGACCUCGAGUCUAAGCUCAUGGUCUACCUCGAAGACCGCGCGCGCAACGCGAGCAACGCCGCACGCACGCCGAAACCCGUAUCCGCUUCAUGGCUCGCCAUUCUUUUUGCAUUGCUGGCCGUUGGGUCGCAAUACCACGACUCGCCGUAUCAUAUCCGCACGCGGGACUCCCAAAAGUACAUACAAAUAUCGUUCCAUUUCUUGCGGCUCGGCAAUUUUUUACUUCGACCCACAUUCGACUCCAUCCAAGCUCUCUUGCUCACCAGCUUCGUCCUUCUCAAUGACAUGAAGGCCGAGGCCUCGUGGGCCCUGCUUGGUCUGACCUGCAGGCUGGCUCAGUCUCUCGGCCUACACCGGCCGAAUCCCUCUGACGGACGGGACAGCGCCCGGAAUGAUGGACAGUCCAAGGAGAUGAUCCGCCGGAAGCUGUGGUGGACAUGUGUGUGGCACGAUACGCUCACAUCACUAUCCUUUGAUCGUCCUCCCAUGACAAACAUCCCCUGCUGCCCGAUUCCGACAGUAGCAACCACCAUUGCCGGCGAAUACGGCUACUUGGACACAAUGUAUCACCUCUGCGAAAUCAUCUCGCGGCGUCUGAACCCAGACGUGGCAACGACAGUAAGCUACGAGCAAAUGGUUGAAAACUGCGAAGCUGUCGAAAAUCUCCGCAACAACGUCGCCCCCAACAUUCGCAUCAAGGAACAGUGCAAACGCGCCAUCGACCGCCUUCAGCACUACGCCGUCCGCCUGCACACCUCCUUCGUCAUCUCCGUCUGCUGCCGCCCCGCCCUCCGCCGCGACUGCACCAAGCUCACCCCCGAGCAGAAGCGUCAUCUCUCGGACAAGUGCCAGCACAAUCUCGCCGAGACGGUCCGCAUGUUCCUCGCCAUGCACCAGCUGUCCGUCAUUCCUACGCGCAGCUGGGCGUUUACGUAUCACGGCCUCUCGUCCGCACUGCUCCUCGGUAUUCUGGGUGAGACGAAGAACAGCCCCGAGGUCCGUCAGCUGCAGGGCGACCUCAUCGCCGCGCUGUCCGCAACGGCCGCGAAGGAGGCCACCUCGCCCACGGCUCACAUCCCCAAAACGGACAAGGAUAUCGAGCUGUCUGGACCAUUAUGGAGAGCGCUGACGGCGCUGCGUAACAUUUACGAACAUGGCACCAUCAUGGGCACGUCGCAGAUGAAGGGGACCGACUCCAGCGGCACCGGAAGCGGGGCGAGGACGCCGCUGCCGCCGAUGCUCAUGGGCCCCAUGGGCAAUAACGUCAACGGGAACAAUGACGGGAAGCCGUUCGGCAUGGAUCCCCACCAGGACGCGGCUCUCGCCAUGGCCGAGAUGCAAAAUGGUACAGCGAUGACGGAGUACACACCAAAGUACGUAAUCUCUGAACCUCCCUUUCGCGAUCCUUUCGUUCCUCGGAUGAUGCUAACAAGUCUCAGCAUGGGAUACCCACCCGUCAGCAUGGAUAACAUUGCCAACCUGGAUCCGUCAACGUACAUGUCCCCAAUGGAUCUCUACGAAUCAAUCUGGUGGGAAUCGCCCGACCCCUGGAACAGCGGCGUCGAUACCAUGAACUUUGAUUUCGUGGCCCAGCCGCCGCCGGGCCAGCCCCAGCAGCAGUUCUAUUUUUGA